UCCGCCUCGCGUUCGGCCCCGGGCCGCAGCGCCGGGCCGCCGCCGCCGCCGCCUGCCCGGACGCGCCGCCCCGACGCGCCGCCGCCAUGGAGCGCCCCGGAGCCGGAGGAAUGGAGUCUAGUGAGUGUGAAAACGUGUCAAAAGAAAAGGAAGCAUUUGAAGAAGAAGAGUUUGAAGCUAGUGCUAUGGAUUCUCUGAUAGACAUGCCAUUUGCCACCGUAGAUAUUCAAGAUGAGUGUGCAAUCACUGAUGUACCUCACAUAAAUUUGGAGAGAAGUAAAGAAAAUGAACGGAUCAGUAAAGAUCAGAUAAAGAAGAAGAAAAAAAAGCAAAAAGAUUAUCAACCCAACUAUUUCCUAUCCAUUCCGAUCACCAACAAAGAGAUUACAAGAGGAAUUAAGAUCCUACAAAAUGCAAUAAUACAACAAGACAAACAACUGGCCAAAGCAAUGAUCAGUGAUGGCUCCUUUCAUAUUACCCUGCUAGUGAUGCAGUUAUUAAAUGAAGAGGAAGUAAACAUUGGUAUUGGUGCUCUUUUGGAAUUAAAACCAUUCAUAGAAGAAAUCCUCCAAGGAAAACAGUUGAUUUUGCCUUUUCAAGGGAUUGACACUUUUGGAAAUCAGGUUGGAUUUGUGAAGCUGGCAGAAGGAGAUCACAUAAACCCACUUUUGGAGAUAGCAGAGACUGCAAAAAGGACGUUUCAAGAAAAGGGCAUCUUGGCAGGAGAAAACAGGGGUUUUAAGCCUCAUUUGACUUUUAUGAAAUUGUCCAAAGCACCAUGGCUCCGGAAGAAGGGAGUGAAAAAAAUAGACCCCGAAUUCUAUGAAAAAUUUAUCAGUCACAGAUUUGGAGAAGAAAUGGUACAUCGCAUAGAUCUUUGCUCCAUGCUAAAGAAAAAACAAAUUAAUGGUUAUUAUCACUGUGAGUCUUCAAUUGUGAUUGGUGAUAAGAAUGGAGGUGAGCCUGAUGAUGCUGAACUGGUAAGGCUCAGUAAGAGGCUGGUGGAGAACGCGGUGCUCAAGGCUGUCCAGCAGUAUCUGGAAGAAACACAGAACAAAAGCAAGCCAGGGGAUGGGAGCUCUGUGAAAACUCAAGAGGCUGAUAGGAAUGGCACUGACAGUGACAACAACAGGAAAUGAGACCCCAAUGCAGGCAGGCCCCCCCGCUGCUCCGUGAGAAGCAUCCGGCUCCCCUCUGCUGAGUCAACGGACUACUUUGCAUUGUGCUGUUUAAAUGUCUCUUGUCCAAGCUGUGGAGAUUGCCUAAUACUUUCGUGAUCAAUGUGUUUGCAUUUCUGAAGCACAACAGAAGAGAAUGGAGUGCCGUGGCUAGCAGAGGAAACUCACUUAUGAAAGAAUGGCCCAAGUUUCACCUACCCUCAGCCAUGGCCAAGGGAGAGGGGACUUUGGGUUAUGCCUCAUGGACUCAAAUUAAAGGCCUUGGAAGGGGCCUUGCCAUAAAUGGAAUACUGCCAUUUAUAUUGCUUAGCAGGGCAUUUGACCACUUUACCUGAGGCCAAAACACACACACAGCUAACAAGUGCUAAGUUUAAAAUAAUCACUGUUGAAAUCGUUUUCCGUACUGUCAGUCCAUAAUGUCUCACACUUGUCCUAUGUCUGCUGUGGCUAUGCAGUGAUUUUUAUUUACCGUAAAUUCGUUUCAUGCAAAUUAUAUAUUUUUGGCAAAAUGCAACCUUUUCUAUAACAUGUGGGCAACAUUUUAAAGGUUUCUUUUAGCCUUCUUUUGAUAAGUCAGUGUGCCAUAUUUAAUGUUUUUCACUGGCAUUUGUAUGUAAAAUGUAUUAUAUAAUUUUUUUUUCCCCUAGGCAAGAAACCUAUUGGAUUCCGGGACUUAAUUAAUGAAGCUUUGCGUCGAGAAAGGAUGGGUCUGAAGUCCAAAGUGAAACAGAUAAAGGAACUUUUAUUAAAUCCUGAGACUCAGGCCAGGAUUAGGAGGGAGCUUUUUGAAGGAAGAUCUGUUAACAACAGUAAUCAAGGAAACCAGGUUGAUUUCGGCGCAACUUUGACGUAAGCGCUACGCUGUUAUCACGGUACCAUAGUUAAUGAAACCUUUUCAGAUGAUUUCAUAGGUCUUUGGUAAAUACCAAAAAGCGUUUUCAUAGUGUCCACACAACAGCAAACCAACAUUUGGUAAGGAAUGAAUAAUUUCCUGCCAAAGAAAACAGAUUCUGCCCUGUUAUGUUUUAAACUCAACUUGUGUUCUGGUAUGUUUGUUUCUGUACUAUCAAAAGUUACUUUAUAGAAAGGACUUCUUAAUUAGCUGUUGUGAGAUGUUCCUUGGGUUCUCACAGAUAAAAUACACAGACUGUGAAAAAUCAUUUACAUACAAAAAAAAAUACAGUGUUUUAAGGAUCACUUGCCUUCUGUUGAUGUGAUUUUUGUUGUCAUUAAAUCAGAAGUAGUAUUGUCCACGUAUGUCUGUAUCUAGUGUUACUUUUAAUGGGGAUUUGAAUGUUUAUUGAACAUUAGUACUUGAAUGAACAUUUAUAAGUGUAAUUAUUACAAUUACUGGUUAAGAAUGUUUUAUAAUAUCCAUAUGUAUUAUUUUUCAAUGAUCAAAAUGUAGUUUGCUUUUUCAUUUCUUAAUAAAUGUUUGGGAUUUUUAUUUUCUACUUUUCUGAAGAUAAGCCCUAGGUCUUACUGUAUCCCUUAUAAUCUGAAUUUGUUUGCACUGGUUCAUUUUUAAAGAAAAUUCUUGAAAAAUUUCCCCCCACGUGAUAAUCUUUGGUAACAGCUUUUUCUAUGGUCAUUGCAAAAUGGCUGCUACUAAGAGAUCAUGUUGGAGAGGAAAUUAUUGGAGAUCAAAUAUGUAAUCAUUUCAGAUACAAAAUCCAGCUUACUCAUGGAUUUUAGCUAUUUUUUCACUGGGUAAAUUCUACAUUUAUUUAUAAAUGAGUUUAUGCAUUUUCAUGCCUCUUAAUAAAUGUAUUGUUUUUCCCUU